AUGUUGUACUGUUUCACCACUGUAUCAGUACUUGCCGAUUAUACUGACCCUCAAUGUGGUGGAAAACAAGCAAUUGUCCACUUAUUUGAGUGGAAAUUUUCUGACAUUGCAAAUGAAUGUGAAAGAUAUCUUGGAAAGAAAGGAUUUUGUGGUGUGCAGACCUCUCCUGUAAAUGAGUAUACCGUAAUUACGAAAGAAUACAUACGACCUUGGUGGGAACGUUAUCAGCCAGUCAGCUACAAAGUAGCAUCACGAAGUGGAAACGAGGCUGAAUUUAAAGAUAUGGUUGAUAGAUGUAAAAAUGUAGGUGUAAGGAUAUACGUCGAUGUUGUUAUAAACCACAUGGCGGGGCUAGGUAGAACUGGGAAGGGUACAGGCGGAUCAUCAUUUGAUUCAAGCAACUACGAUUUCCCUGGUGUCCCAUUUUCCCGCCAACAUUUCAAUGAUAAAGAUAAAUGUCCAUCUCAUGAUGGAAUGGUAAACAACUAUGGCGAUCCUAACAAUGUCCGAAACUGUUUUCUGGUCGGAUUGACGGACCUCGACCAGAGACAGGAAUACGUACGUAAUAAGAUAGCAGGCUUCUUCAAUCACCUAAUUGAUCUCGGGGUAGCUGGUUUUAGAGUAGACGCGGCCAAACAUAUGUGGCCUGGAGAUAUUUUAGCAAUUCAGAAACUUACAAAAGAUCUUCCUGAAGGGGGAAAGCCCUUCUUUUACCAUGAAGUUAUAGACCAAAAUGACGGUGCAAUCAAAGUCAAUGAAUAUUAUCCAAAUGGUCGUGUCACAGAAUUUAGAUUCUGUCAAAAAAUUGCACAAGGAGCACGUAACUUUGGAGAAUUAGGCGGCGUCUACGAUCCAGGAUGGGGCAUGGCUGAUUCUGCCCAUGCUUUCGUUUUUGUUGACAACCAUGACAACCAAAGAGGUCAUGGAGGUGGUGGAAAUAGAGUCACACAUAAAACUCCACGUGAUUACAAAAUAGCGGUUGCUUUCAUGUUAGCAAAUGACUAUGGAUUUCCUCGAAUAAUGAGUAGCUAUUACUUUGGAGAUGAUUCGUCACAAGGACCACCCCACAACUCGGAUUAUAGUAUAAAGGAUGUCACAAUAGAAAAUAACGGAAUGUGUGGUAACGGUUGGGUAUGUGAGCACCGAUGGAAUCCGAUUGGAAACAUGGUUGCUUUCCGAAAUGCUGUUACCGGAACAUCGAAAGUUCAUUGGAGAGACCAAAAUGAUCAAGUGUCUUUUGCAAGGGGGAACAAAGGAUUUUUUGCUAUGGCCAAACAGGGACAUAUGGACGAGACCUUACAAACUGGACUCCCUGCUGGAGAAUAUUGCAAUCUCAUAACUGACUGCAAAAAGAAGAUAACAGUCGACGGAAGCGGAAAUGCUCAUAUUGUUAUUGACAAUAGUGAAGAGCCAAUACUUGCAUUCAUCGUUGGUGGACCAUCCACACCUUCUAAUAAUGGAGUUCAUUCUGGUACGUCAAAUACUAACAGUUCCGGUUCCGGAAGCGGUACCGGCACUGGAAGUGGCACCGGAACAGGAAGCGGAAGUGGAAUAGUUUCUCCAACAAAUGGACCAGUUCCGAAAGGAUUUCAAAGAACCAUAAUUCUUUUCGAGGGACGAACAUCUCCUGGACAGGACUUGUUUAUAAGAGGCGGAAUAGAUGAAGGUCAUAGGCAAGGAUGCCAACAUACAGCUUCCUCUAGCGCAUGUGCAAUACCAAUAAAAAGUCAUGAUUUAGGAUCCAGCGACCACUUUGCAAAGUAUAAUGCCUGGCGACAAGGUGACUCUUACCUAGACUGGUACGGAGCAGAACCAGGACAAGGAGAUUAUCAUGGUCAAACUCCACAAGGAACACCAGCUGUUUGGACUACAAACCAACCUGGAAAACCCGGAUAUAAUGAACUUAACUCAUACGGAGAACAUUUCUGGUUAGUAGAUAUUGAAAUGGACUGCGACAAAACUGAAAAUGGAUGGUUCGAGGUAAAAGCCGUUAUUAAUAAUAACUGGGAGAGCAAUGUUCCCGGAAGCUCUUGUCACUAUGGAAACGUUCCAUAUAGAAGCCAGAACCACUGGGCAAGAUGUGGAAUGAAAAACGUGCUUCAUUUUAGUGCAGUCAACUGUGAAAUAUCUGAAAUACCAACAAGUUAA